AACAAAAUUACCAUCACUCGCCACAUUGUUCCCAUCAACAACCAGCUCUUCGUCGCUUGCACUUGCACUUGCACUCACCAGCUGUGUCUGUAUCAGCUGCACUGCCCCGGCUCUUUCCAGCCGCUCCUCCGGCUUCUGCUCUCCGGGAAGCACGCGUCUCUUCUCCCUUACGGUCUCCCUCACCCUCAACCCCAACCAUCAUCCCCUUCACCCAUCAGCGUCAUCGCCAUCUUUUUUUUUUUAUUUCUCAAGUCGAGGCAUCUCCGUCUUGAAGGCCAUUCACUCGUUUUCCAGCAUCGACUCGUCCUGUCGCUUUCCGCAGUGCUCCGUACAACCACUUAAUUCCCCCCAUUGACCACCAAAGCAACCGACUCGAGUUCUCGUCAACAUGGGUGUCAGGUCCCUCGUCUCCUUCGGCUUUGUCCUCAUCCCUAUUGCGGUCACUAUCAGCGUGCUGCUGGGCAUACAGGCAUAUCGCGAAUCCAAAGGACUCCCCUCCAACCCGUUUGUGGACAACCGGAUCAAAUCAUCGCUAUACUGUCAAAAGGCUUUCGGUGUCACUCCGUACACAAAUGGCCAGCAAUAUACAUUAAACCCGAACCAAUGGGCUCUUCCAGACGACUAUACUGGACCGGGAGGAUUGUGUAUGAAUGUCACUACUUUUGACAAUGGUUCUUACCCGACAAAGACCUCAGCCGCAGAGUGGUCGAUCACUUGGCAGUUUCCUCGCGGCCCACCGACUCAGCCCGUUCACGCAUUCCCCAAUAUCAAAAUGGACUCGAGUGUCUUUCCGAUCGAGAUUUCGCAGGUCUCGGCAAUCAACUUCGAGACUGAAUGGUACUAUGGAGUUGGGAAUGACAGGCCGGACGUCAUGGACAUCGCUGCCCUGACUGCUGCCGCACUUGACGCCAAUGUGGCUGUCGACAUGUUCUUGGAUUCCGAUCCCGACAAAGCUACAGACACCGUACAAGCCAAGUACGAAGUCAUGAUCUGGCUUGGCCAAUUUGGGGCGUCGACGCAACAGAUUGGUUUGCCAGAAGGCGCAAUCGCAACCCAAGUCGUGAACGGAACCACCUUCUCCUUGUACUCCGGUGUCAAUGGUCUUGGCCAAAGUGUCCUCACAUGGGUGGCCAGCACUGCUGCAACCGGAGUGCAAAGUUUCAAUGCGGAUAUAGGUCCCUUGCUUCAGGGUCUGACCGGGUUGGGAGGGCCUACUGUGAAUGACUAUCUCGGCUACAUUGCGUUCGGCUCCGAGACUCUUGAUUCGGGGUCCAACGUCACUUUUUACAACAAGGUCCUCUCCAUGGAUGUGAUUCCCGCGUGAUGAUUCUACCCGAUGCGAUCCAGCGUGUAAUAUGGUAACGAAGCAAUGACAAAGAUCAGUUCAUGUCGACCAUAUUCUACAGGUCCAAUGUGGGCCCCAUGCCUGGAAGAGUACAAUGUGGCAACAAGAAUGGCCUCCGGCCAUCAACUUCCAUGCAUUCAGAAACGACUGACACGACAAUACGGUUAGCUGCAGUCUAAUCGAUACGAACUUAGCAACAACAUUCGGAAUAAUAUCGCAGCUGUGUUCAGGAUCUGUGUCCCCCAAAACUACUGCGACAGGUACGCGCACGCCCCCGCGUCGCUGCCGGUUUAUCUUCUGCGAGAGCAACAAUACAGACUCUCGGUGCAGAGACAGGAUUAUUAGGGUGAAGGUUGUCGACAAGCAAUCUGGGCAUCUACAGAACGUGCGCCAUGUUGAGGCACGGUGGCAAUCCCUGGAUAAAUUUUUUUGGCAGCCCAGGAUGCAGCCAUUGUGAAUGCCACAGCUUGUACGUCACAGUGAGACAUGCCAGAAUCAAGAUCUCAACCCUGGCUGCUACGGUGGACCAUAUUUGCUGUGGACCCAGCACAGCUCCGAGGAUGUUGUCCCAGGCACAGGAACAUACCCAACAACGUAACCCUGUCAAGAACUUGGUGGGGCCAAUCGAAUCCUCCGCCGGAAAAGCUCCUCAGUCGGUCUUUCGCGUGCCUGUGGCAGAGCCGGGCUUGAUAUGGGAUGACGUGGCCGGUCUUCCAAUCAACAUCUGUAUAUAGACGAUUGCGCCAUUGUGAAAUGCUUUUGGCAACGGACGGCGCUUGCCUUGGGAGAGCACAGCGGAAUGGUGUCAGCUCCAUAAUACACCCCAAUGGCAGGCGGCUCCGAUUGUUCGCGAAGAGCUCGCCCAGCGGCCCUACGAGUAAAUCCUUGGACAGGAAUAACAAGCUUAUCGGAAACCCAUUUCGUACAGGCUGGGGGGGAAUCUGCACCAGGCGACCAUCCCCAGAGUCCCAGACUCGCAGUAUCAGGCGUCCAUUCUCUUAUCAAGAAACCUUUUUGUUCCUG